ACUAGGAAAUUCCCGGGCGGAGGAGCUCCACAGUCGCCAGCGUGGCUGUUUCAGCCAGUGCGGCUGUGCCGGCAGGCGCCGCUGCUUUGCCCCGUGCUGCUGCUUUGUCUGCGCCCCGGAGCCGUGGUUCUCAGUACAAAAUACACCGGUCCGGGGGCCCUUUUGGCUGGCGAUUGGAGCCAUGGGAAAUCGCCCAUUCGCCAGUUCAAAAAGGGGACUGAGCAGAGAACCAGGACAAGGUUGAAAAAAAAUGAAGACCAAAAGAUUGAACAAGAUGGUAACAAACCAGAAGAUAAAGCUCAUAAGGCUGCGACCAAAAUUCAGGCUAGCUUCCGUGGACACAUAACAAGGAAAAAGCUCAAAGGAGAGAAGAAGGAUGAUGCCCAAGCUGCUGAGGCUGAUGCAAGUAAGAAGAAGGAUGAAGCCCCUGUUGCCGAUGGGGUGGAGAAGAAAGGAGAAGGCCCCACUACUACCGAAGCAGCCCCAGGCACCGGCUCCAAGCCUGAUGAGACCGGCAAAGCAGGAGAAACUCCUUCUGAGGAGGAGAAGGGGGAGGGUGAUGCUGCCACAGAGCAGGCAACCCCCCAGGCUCCUGAAUCCUCAGAGGAGAAGGCCAGCUCAGCUGAGACAGAAAAUGCCACUAAAGCUUCCACUGAUAACUUGCCGUCUUCCAAGGCCGAAGAUGCCCCAGCCAAGGAGGAGCCUAAACAAGCCGAUGUGCCUGCUGCUGUCACUGCUGCUGCUGCCACCACCCCUGCUGCAGAGGAUGCUGCUGCCAAGGCAACAGCCCAGCCUCCAACGGAGACUGGGGAGAGCAGCCAAGCCAAAGAGAAGAUAGGUGAGCAACCUCGAGGAUCACAUACAGUGGGUGGAUGGGGAGGGGAGUUGCUAUUCAAAAUGCCAGGCGACCUGGGUUAUCAAGGGAGAGGAAACAGUCUAGAAAGUGUUUUCCAGAAAUCAAGGGAAGCUGGGCUUAAUUUCCCAAAGUGGCAGGACUAAGAGCUAAGGUUACAUUCCCAAAUAUCUCCAAGCCUGAGAGAGGACUCAGGCAGGCCUAUGUAGCAGCCAGUACUAGAAAAAUCUGGCAGUUAUCUUAAUUGGAUUGAUAUACACAGUCGAACCAGAUAAAACUGCUUUAAG